UUUUCUCGUUGUGUGUUCCAUACGCAAAAUCUUCCAGCAUUUGUUCUCCGUUUGCUUUAAACGGAGUUACAAGGCGGAAGAACCGUUGUCUGCGGCCCGGAAAAGUCAGAGGAUAUGGGAGCCGGUGGACGAACGUUCGAUACUACUCACGUUCUCUCCACCACGUGGCAUGAAAAGCACGUGCGUCCCGUGACCGACGACUCUGUUCUCCGGAGAGGCAUCGGAGAGCUUCUUUCGCGGUGGGGUGGGCUUCAGAUGGCCGUGAAGAAUCAAUGGGGAGGCCACGAUUCUCUCAAGAAAUCUCAAGAUCUUGCUCAUCAUCUUUACCACCUCUUCUCUGAAUCAAAUGUGGUUACGGUGGAAGAUAUUGAGAACUUGCUACAUGAAAGCUUGCUUCUUUCUUUCAACACAGAGAUCGAAGAUGGUAGCAUUGAAGAGGUGGCUGAACAAUUGAUGAUACUCCAUGAAGAACAUUUGCGUGGAAGUACUCACUAAGGCGGUAGCUUGAACGUUAUAGAUCAUUUUUUGGUGCGUUAAUAAUGUGAUCUCCCCUUUGUAGUUGUCAAUGUAACAUACAGAGAAUAUGAAUCUAGAUCAAUGCUUAUUUGAUGUAAUCAUUUGUAUUUUGUUAAUUAGUUCGCCUAAUGUAAUCUCGUACUAACUAAUGGUAA